CGCCGCCAACGAGGAUUAAUUGUAUGUACCAAGCUCCCGUAGUUGAGGUGGUAGCACCUGCUUGUAGCUGAGCAGCAAUGGAGCCUGCGGUAGGUACGAGGGCGCCCCUCCCUCUCCCCGCCGCGGGGAGGCCCGUCCUGCUGGCUGCCCUGGCGCGGCCUCGCGGCGGGUUCGCCUCCAUCUCCGCUCUCUCCUCGUCCAGCGGGGGCGACGGCGGGGGCCGCUUCUCUGCGGGCGGCGGCGGCGGGAGGGGAGGCGGGGACGACUCCGGCGCCGGCGCUGCAGCGGCUGUGGCGGUUCUGGGUGAGGCCGACUCGUCGGAUGCCGACGCCGACGCCAUCGUGCUCCAUGUCGGGGGGAUGACGUGCGGCGGAUGCGCCGCCAAGGUCAAGCGGAUCCUCGAGAACCAGCCUGAGGUUGCUUUAGCCACGGUUGAUGUUGAGAAGGCGAUCGCUGUUGUGUGGACGACACCUGAAGCGAAGGCAACGGAGGAUUGGCGGAAGCAACUGGGCGAGAAACUCGCGAAUCACCUCACCACCUGCGGAUUCCAGUCUCAUCUGCAAGAUGAAGGCGAAGCUGAACAGAUUGAUUCUUGACCUACGCACUAGCCAAUGCCUGCCCAUGAAGUUCUUACCAUCGAGGCAGGGUUCUUGCACGAAGACAGUUCCUUCUAUUUGAUAAAAAGUUGUACAUUUUGACGGAGAGUUAUACGGUUCUAGAUAACAUUGUUAUGCUUUUAAUCUACUCGUAGGAGCAGCUAUCAGAGCAUUCUUCCAUAUCCUGAAACACAGACAUUUUGUUAUUUGAAUUGUCAAUCCAAAAGCAGCAGUACGAUUUCGGGAGAUGGUUGUGACCGAAAGAGUUUAUUUGCAGAA